AAGUCACCGCCAAACAAAAUUUCAUCCGGACAGCUGUCGCUUGCACAUACAACAAGCACAAGUCAGGCUCGUACAUCUGCGGUAUUGGCCAUGGACGCGGUGCAGACAGCGGCAGAGAAGCUCGGCUUAUCUCAGCAGCACAUCUUUGUCGAUGAACAGUCUGGAUCGGACCACGCUGGCAACGGAAGUACAGACUCGCCGUAUCAGUCUGCAAUCAAAGCCUUCCAGACACAUGGCAAGAGUGCCAAUAUCCAGAUCAGAAAGAUCUCUGCGGAUAAGUACGCCGAUCUGUCUGGUGCAGCUGCCAAGCGAGCUAUCAAGGGCAUCGAGGUUAUUGCGAAGAAGAAGGCCAAAGCUGAGGAGCUUGCUAAGCAGCAAGCCGUUGCUCAGGAGGCAGCGGGCGCAAGCGACGCGCUGCGUUUGGAGGAAGCGAAGAAGAUCGUUAUCACUGAAGAUGCCUCAUUACCACCCGCAAUGAAGAUCAAGAUCAGGCAGGCGACAACAUCUCGUGGGAAGCGGGUCAGGAUCUCUGGCUGGGUACAUCGCAAAAGGGACCAAAAAGGCCUCAUUUUUAUUGUCUUGCGCGAUGGAACUGGCUACCUACAGUGCGUUCUGGCCGCAGAUUUGGCCAAAACUUACGAAGCACAGAUGCUCACUCUUGAGUCAACCAUCACCUUAUACGGUAUCAUUUCAGAACUACCAGAGGGCAAAUCUGCGCCAGGCGAUCAUGAGCUUUCGGCAGACUACUUUCAACUCAUUCACUCAGCCCCUGGAGGAACUGAAGCCAUAACCAACAAAGUAUCAGAGGAUACGACUGGGAGUAUCUUACUUGACCAGAGGCACUUGGCCAUACGUGGCGAGACGGCAAGCGCAGUUCUUCGUGUUCGUGCUGGGGUGUUGAAAGCCUUCCGACAGACGUACGAAGACAUGGGAAUAACAGAAGUCACGCCGCCUUGUAUGGUGCAGACGCAAGUUGAAGGUGGUUCCACCCUUUUCGCUUUCAACUAUUACGGAGAGCAAGCCUACUUGACGCAGUCUAGUCAACUCUAUCUUGAGACCUGUCUACCAUCACUUGGUGAUGUCUUUUGCGUGCAGGAAUCAUUCAGGGCUGAAAAGGCACACACUCGUCGUCACCUGUCUGAGUAUACGCAUGUGGAAGCCGAGCUGGCCUUCCUAGACUUCGAAGAAUUUUUGGCUCAUUUGGAAGAGUUCAUCUGCUCGUCCAUCGACAAGAUUUUGCAAGAUCCCAUCGCUGGUCCCCUUGUCAAGCAAUUGAACCCUGACUUCGUACCACCGUCGCGGCCUUUUCUGCGGAUGACCUAUGAAGAUGCAAUCAAAUACGUCAACGAUCAUGGCAUCUUGACGAACGAUGAGCCCCCGAGGCCACACGUAUUUGGGGACGACAUUGCUGAGGCUGCCGAGCGCAAAAUGACUGAUCAAAUUGGCAAGCCUAUCCUGCUGACCCAUUUCCCCACCGAGAUCAAGGCCUUCUACAUGAAGCGUGUGAAGGGUGAUGCACGAUGCACGGAGAGCGUGGACGUCCUGAUGCCAAAUGUCGGCGAAAUUACCGGCGGUAGCAUGCGUAUCAGUGACCUUGAUGAGCUUCUCGCUGGUUACAAGCGCGAGGGUAUUUCCCCCGAUCCUUACUAUUGGUACACCGAUCAACGCAAGUAUGGAACGUGUGAGCACGGCGGUUACGGGAUCGGUCUUGAGCGCUUCCUCGCUUGGCUUACGCACAGGCACACAGUGAGAGAGUGCUCUCUCUACCCGCGAUUCACUGGAAGAUGCAAGCCUUAAAGACGGGCCACUUGAAACCAUUUAUAGACAGUACGAAAACAUUCACAACCCACGCAUGCAGCUGUCCCUUUCUUCACAAUGCGCAUUGUCAGUCAUCCCCUGUUGCGGCGCUUGUCGGCCUUGACGUUUGCAAAGCUCCUCGAACAAUGGCCAGUUUAGCUUGAAGCUCUUCCUGUGCUGUUCGCAAGUUUCGACGUGCUCUGAGACAUGCGAGUUGUGCUGAAGUCAAUGCGAGUUCCGCUGAUGGUGGAUCCAAUCGAGUCAGAUCAUGCGCCGCCUGUGAGAAGUGGUGAGCAAUCUCGACCCACUCUGUAG